AUGAUCAGAGCUCGUCAAGCCGUGCAAAUUGCGGCUGCUCAACUGAGAAGCUACCUGGAAACGAGGGAGAGUCUGGAGGUGGAGGAGACGAGCGGGAAUCUGGAAAUGAGCAAGUAUCUGGGGAUGACAGGUUACAUAGCUGCAAGCGGUGCGGCAAGGUGUGUCAAACUCUUUCGGGUUUGAAGCUCCACAUUAACCGCAGUACGUAUCUCCCUCCCUUUCUCUAUACACUGCAUAGAGUGGUAACCUUUCACACAAGGCCAAUGUGGAAAGGCGAUAGCAGCUCAGGCGACGGAGCCAGCUGCUACGAAACCUAG